AUGAGUACAACUGAAGAACCCCCAAAUGAUCCCUUACAGCAAUCAAAUGCUUAUGCCAGUUUUGCAGAUAUAGAAGUCAUAUGCCCAGUUUGUUCACAUUCUUUUCUAAAUUUAAAUUCAUUGAACGUGCAUCUAGAUAAAGAUCACGGAUUUAGUUCAGAAGCCAUCAAGGAGCCCACUAAUUCAAAUAAAACUGCAUCAGACCAUUUACUCAGUAAACAUGGUUCAAAUAUAAAAUCCAAUACCUCUGGUAUUUUACCUAACAAGGGUUCUAAAUCAAACCCAAAUAAGCAAUUUAUUACGCAUAAACAUUUUAAACAACCACUGGAUGGCAAACCAAAAUGUUAUAAAUGUAACACAACUAUAACCAAUCACAGUAACCUGAUUAAUUGUAACAAAUGUGGAGAAAUAUUCUGUAAAAGAGAUUGCAAGAAUGUUAUUAAAUUGGACAAAAAUGCCAAGUAUGAUCCCAGGAGUGGAAAGUUUUACCUUUGCUGUAACAAUUGUUUUACUUCAAAAACAGGCUAUAAAGAUAUGGGGAGAACUGUUGAUUUAACAGGAGACUUUACACAAUUUAGAAAUUUAAUGAUUGGUGACAAAAUGCUAACAACUUUGCAAUUAGAAAACAGAUUAGUCAAAUUAAUAGAUGGUUCAAUAACAAUUUACAGAAAAUAUAAGGAUUCUUUGUUCUUUGCUGUUAAAGUAAGAUUGGAGAUAGCCAAACUGGAAAGUAGCGUAACGCCUUGGAAAUAUGAUUAUAAUGUUUCUGAUUGUUAUAUUUGUUUGCAACCCUUUAACAUAACUAAUAGAAAACAUCAUUGUAGACUAUGUGGAAAUAUCGUCUGUGAGAAAGAAACGACAAACUGUUCUAAUAAUGUGACAAUAGAAACGUUAAUGAAUGCCUCUUCAGACCUCUCAUAUAAAGAAACUAAUUUAACUUCAGAGGAAGCAGACCAGCAUAUUAGAGUUUGUUCCAGAUGUAUACAUUCUUUAUUUAUACCAAGAAAAUUUAAACAGGAAAGUAAUAAUCCUCCUCCUCUAUUGAUAAAAUUGCUUGAAAAACUCAAUGAUAUUGCAUCGGUGAUUAUCAACACUUUACCUAUAUUCAAAGAAAGAGUUAAAAUAAUAGAAUUGGGGGAUAAAGAUCCAUCUAUUACAAAGGAUGAAAAUCUUAUAAAGGUGGCACAACUGAGGAAUAAAUUAUUACGAGCAUUUGCAUUAUAUAACGAUACAUCUAGACAGAUUAAUCUUUUAAAACCUCAAACAUUAGAAGAAACUAAGAUACAAAAUUCUAUUAAACAAGUAUCAACAAAGUUUAUCACCGAUAACAUUUUACCUCUAAAGUCAUUACCAGGUAUAUUCACUGAUGCGACUAACAAUACAAAUAAUUCACCACCAGAACUGAAUUCAUUGACUGAAGUUACAUUUAAUAACAAUUUGACAAUAAAAGAAGUAAAACAAUAUCGUGAAGAAUUGAUGGUCCUCAAAGAACAGUCAUUUCUUGUUCAAGGUAUGAUUGAUACUGCCAAAAAACAAAGACAAUUUGAAGAAGUUGGUUCACUAAAUAAAAAUUUAUCAGAAUUAAAGACUAGAGAAAGUCACAUAGAAAAGUUACUGGGUGAUAAAAGCUUUACUUAA